AGUCACUCCUGUGGCGUUGACCCAUGUGCGACACAGCUGUAUUUUUACGUGCAAGAUCAUUCACAUCUUUGAUGUCUGUCAAUUUGUCCUAGAGAGUGUAUCAUGUCUUCGACCAUUCAGGAUCUCGUUGAUAUUACGCGGAUUCAAAAAGCCGAAUUCUCGUCGGCGCAAAAGUUGAUAUUAAAGCUUUAUGCGGAGAAUGCACCAGAAAGGUGCAGCGCGGCAAAGGCGCUAGGCGCAAUGACGCUAUGCUCAAAGGGCCAUUCUAUUCGAACGUUCGCCAUCCGAUCGUUGACGAAGUUGCUCGAGGGCGAGAAGGAUUCGCAGGUCAAAAUAGAAGCUGCCAAAUCGUUGGAAAUUUUGCAAGCUAAAAAGACGCCCCAGAGAGAAAAAUCUAAGUUUGAAAAUUCGAACGGGAAAGAGCCAAAUCUGCAAGGCGCACACACGGACCAAGCUGAGGUCGACAAUCGUACUUUUGCAACAACGACAAACGAUUCGGAAGGAUCGAUCUGCAAAGUGAGAGAAUGUGAGAAUGUCGGAGACAAAACUUGCUUGAGUCAAUCCGACUUGAAUGUCCCUGGUCAUCCAACUUCUGUCUCAGAGGAACCAUUGCGAAUGUCAAAGAUCAAAAAAACGCCAUUUUGUUUUGGAGCCAAUCAAGAUCAGGUAGUCAAAAAGCUCAAGACAGCCGAUCAAGCUUCGACGAUAGAUUUGGCGCCUAGAAGCGUCAGACAUCCGCUGAAAAGGUCGUGGGGCAAUCUGAAGAUAAAUUCUAUACCUAAUCGCUUUUCCGACGCGAGUAAUUUGAAUGCGGUCCAGGCGUCAUCCAAAGUUAAUACUGAAAAGACAAGUCUUCCUUCGCCCAAGACGAAAGUUCAGCAAGAUCAAUGCACGUCCACCACCUCUUUUUCGUAUAAGGGAAUGCAUUCUGGAGAGUCGAAGGUGAGUGCGCCCCUGGGACGUAUCGCAAGUAGCGGCCGACCGACGUGUGCACCAAAGGCAACAGCUCACUCAAAGCUGGGCUUUCUAAGAGAAAAGCGUACGGAGAAAAAGCCCAAAAUGGAUGCUGAUUUAGUUGAUUGGGAUGCACAGGGUCUACGCACUUUAUCAGAGGAACAGAAAAAGGUCGUCAGAUGCGCUGUAGAGGGAGAAAGCUUUUUCUUUACAGGCGCUGCUGGAACAGGCAAAAGCCGCGCAUUGAAGGAAAUCGUGCGUGUUUUAAAUGAAAAGUACCAAGACAACGAAGUCCAGGUCACAGCGCCUACUGGCAUUGCGGCCGUCGCAUUGGGCGGAUGCACGACUCAUUCAUUUGCUGGCAUUGGUUUGGGUCAAGAUAAGGCUGAAGUGUUGAUUCGACGGAUUCUAUCCAACGUAAGAACUAAAAGUCGAUGGCUUGAUGUCCGCGUCUUGAUUAUUGAUGAGAUUAGUAUGAUGUCAGGAGAACUAUUCGACAAGCUCGAACACAUUGCUAGAAUUGUUCGAAACUCAUCCCAGCCAUUUGGAGGUAUUCAAGUCGUUUUGUGUGGAGAUUUUUUUCAACUUCCUCCCAUUUCCUCGAACUUUCAAGAUCAAAGUCCUAAAAAAGUGAGCUUCUGCUUUCAAAGCGAGGCGUGGUCUAGGGUCAUCCACCAUACCAUCUGCCUGACUACCGUUUUCCGGCAGUUCGGAGACGCCGAAUUCAUUGCGCUCUUGAACGAGGUCCGAAUCGGAAAAGUCUCGGAUAAUUCUUAUGCCAAGUUGCGAGCCUGCCAAAACACAACUUGGAACGACUCCAUUGAACCCACUCGUCUGUAUCCGCUCAAAUUUCAAGUCGAAAAAGAAAACACACUUCAUCUCGACAAGCUCUCAGGCAAGCCGGUCACCUUCAAGUCCAAGGACACGACAAAAUAUGCCCAGAGCAAUUAUCUCAAGGCACUGAACGAUUCAUGUGCAGCGCCCGCCGAGUUAGUACUCAAAAUUGGAGCGCAGGUCAUCUUGCUGAAGAAUCUAGUCGAAGGCGAACUGGUAAAUGGAUCCAGAGGAGUCGUUUUGGGAUUCAGGCCGCAAACAGAAGGCGCUGACAAGAAAUUGUUGAGCACAUUUUAUCCCAUCGUAGAAUUUGAAAACCAUAAAACGAAACUUAUCGUUCCGGAUCGGUUUUCAAUAAAAGUCGGAAACGAAGAAGUCGCCACCAGAGAACAAGUGCCUCUUACCUUAGCAUGGGCUCUAUCGAUACAUAAAGCACAAGGUAUGACGCUUUCAAGAGUGGAAAUAAGCUUGAAAUCCAUAUUCGAAUAUGGACAGGCCUACGUAGCUCUUUCAAGGGUGACAUGUAUGGCGGGGUUAAAAAUUUUGGAUUCAUUUUCUCGAGACGUGUUUCGAUCUCAUCCGGCGGCCAUUGAAUUCUACAAUUCACUUCAACCGCCAACUUCUGACUAGCAGUUUAGAAAUCGGGUUUCGGCUCCCAGGAUGCACGAUGCUCACUCUCUCUUCCGGAUCAGGCACCAGAAACCAGCAAACUCGGCUGAGAUGCUCGAAAGCGUGCGGCCCAAGAGCCGCAUGAAAAUGCCGGCCCCGUCGGCUUGACGACUGGGCCACUUUCUACCCAAACAAACAAUCUUCUAGUGCAGAAAUUCUGGAUCCCCUUACUGGUCGGAAAGCGAAAGAUGCCAGAUUUUGGCCGUGUUAUUUUGCAACUACACAGUAAAAAAAUAUGUCAGUAUUUGCGAUGUGCGUAUGAUCACUCAAUCACUCGAGAACAAGUGAGGAGAUAAAUAAUAGUGAAUCCGACCUUUUAUUUAUAACCCGUUUGUCAUGUUCUCUAAAUGUAUUUAAGAGUGUACAAAA